UCUAAAAAUGAGCUCACUAUAAAAUGAGGUUUCCUGGUUCUUGUCCUUGCAGCUGCUUCUAGAUCAUCAUCUCCUGCAGGAGUAUCACAUCCAGUGUUAAUCAUGUCUAAAACUGGAAGCCGGAUAAGGAAGAAGAACACAGAGGCACCUGGAGUUAUUGGGAUCACCUUUUAUGAAGGCAAGAAUUUCCAGGGGCGCCGCUAUGAGUCCGACAGGGACUGCUUGGAUUUCCAUACUGAUCUGAGCCGUUGCAAUUCCAUCCGUGUGGAGGGGGGUGCCUGGGUUGUGUAUGAGCGACCAAAUUUUGCAGGGAACAUGUAUGUGCUGACCCAUGGGGAGUAUCCUGAAUACCAGCGUUGGAUGGGUCUGAAUGACCGGGUCAGCUCUUGCAAAUUCAUUCAGUUACCUGGUGGAGGCAAAUAUCACAUCCAGCUAUUUGAGAAAGGUGACUUCAGUGGCCAGAUGCACGAGUACACAGAUGACUGCCCUUCUGUUAUGGAGCAGUUUCAUUUCCGGGAAAUCCACUCCUGCAAAGUUGUGGAUGGGGCCUGGGUUUUCUAUGAGCAUCCCAACUUCCGUGGCAGGCAAUAUUACCUGGAGAGAGGAGAGUACAGCAAACCCAUGGAGUGGGGGGCUGCAUCUCCAGUGGUCCAGUCCUUCCGGCGUAUUGCAGAGUAAUAAUAAGCAGCCAGAAGCUUAGGUCACAGCUGACGAUGAUGCCACCAA